AUGCCGAAGCGACGACAAACUUUGAAGAAAACCUCGCAUUUUAGACGCCUGUGUCCACAAUCAGCCGCCCUUGUCCACGACCCGGCGCCCGGACACGUCCCCGGGCAUUCCGGCACGAAAGGCGGCGGUACCGGGGCCGUACCACAGCUCGUCGACGGUGUAUUUUAUUUUAUUUUUUUAAUAUUUUCGGCCGCGCGUGCACGCGCGCGCUUCCGCGAGGUCGUCUUACACGGCACCAAGGACGUCGAAAAUGAAUUCAGAGUCUCCGAAAUGUAUUUAGGCGUACGGGGUUCGUCCCGAUUCGUCGCGGAAAGUGACAUCGCGUUUUUUGGCCUGGCUGGGCCCGUGACGACCGGUCCGCUGCCCUUGAUUGUGGGUUCGAAUUUCCACGCGCGCGUGACGACGACGGCGGCGGCAGCGGCGGCGGCGGCGGCGGCGGCGGCGGCGACGGCGGCGACGACGGCGGCGACGACGACCGACCAACCCAGCCCUACUGAAGGGAAUUGA